CGAAGAAGAAGAAAAGUGGGCCGUCUCGACAUCGCACUCCAAGAAGAAGAAGAAGAAGAAGAAGACCGGUUUUGGAGGAAACAUGGCUUCCCCUGCGGGUUGUGAGCAUUACGUUCGCAGCUGUUCAUUAAAAGCACCUUGCUGUGGUAAGCUGUAUGUGUGUCGGCUGUGCCAUGAUGCGGAGGAGAACCACCAGAUGGAUAGAUUCAAAGUCGUGGAGGUGCAGUGCUCCGAGUGUCAGACGGUGCAACAGGCACAGCAGAAUUGCCAGGAGUGUGAUGCGCAGUUUGGGGAGUAUUACUGUGACAUUUGCCACUUGUUUGAUAAGGAUAAGAAGCAGUACCACUGUCAGCCCUGUGGAAUAUGCAGGAUUGGGCCCAGGGAGAAGUAUUUCCAUUGUGAGAAGUGCAAUCUGUGUUUAGCUCAGGAUCUGCGGGGAAACCACAAGUGUGUUGAAAAUGUUUCGAGGCAGAACUGUCCAGUGUGUAUGGAGGAUAUUCACACGUCCAGAAUUGGUGCACACGUUCUUCCAUGCGGCCAUCUUUUACACAAGACCUGCUUUGAUGACAUGGUCAGAACAGGAGCGUAUCGCUGUCCCCUGUGUAUGCACUCUGCCUGGGAAAUGGAAGACCACUGGGACCAGAUAGACAAAGAGAUUUCCCAGUCACCGAUGCCCACUGAAUACCAGGGUGCAACUGUCAAAAUUAUAUGUAACGACUGCCAAGCCCACUGCACAGCGCCUUUUCACGUGCUGGGGAUGAAGUGCAGCGACUGUGGCUCCUACAACACUGCACAGGAUGGGGGACUCAUCCAGCAGCCUCAACAACAACAACAGGAGCAGCAGCAGCCAGAGCAGGACCCUGAAGAGAAUGAGGCAGAAACAGCCACAGAGCCAGAGCUGCAAGAUCAGCCUCAGUUGCCGACGCCAGAUUAAUAAUUGACAUUUAGACGUUUGACUGGUGCACUUACUUUGACUAACUUACAUUGAGUGUAACAAUGGACUGAACCAAUAUUCCUAGAGUGUGCAUAUUACAAAACAAUCCAUCUAUUUUCUGUAUCUGCUUAUCCUCUUCAGUGCUGGAACCUAUCCCAGCAUGCACUGGGCAAGAUGAAGUGUGUCAGGCUAUCACAUGAUUCACACACUUUACACCUACAGGCAAUCUUGAGUCAUAGUCCAUCUGACCACCCAUGAAGGACUUACUGUGGUUGACAGUCUAACCGCUGAGCCACUGUGUGGCACCAUGAUAAACAUAUAGAAUGAACAGGAUAACUACUACUGGUGGUGGAAGUGUUGCAGUAUCAUACCAAUGGUGAUGGUUUUCUGUCAUUCUACUGUACAUCCUAUUUUGAUGUUCUCUGUAAAACAUUGUGUGAACACAAGUGUGUAAUCUUGGAAUAUAUACAGUCUUGUAUCUGCCUGUACAACAAUACUUAACACCAGUUUUGUAAAUUUGUCAGACCCAAAUAGAAAUCUGCCUCAGGCAGACGUCAGUGUUAACAAUGUAGAAAGAAUGCAUGUUAACUGACGUACAGGCAGGACUGCAAUGUACAAACCAGGUGCAUAGAAUUAAAAAAAACAAUAAACAUUUUAAAAAUAUAAUUAGGAUUUGUAAAAGUGGAACUCACACAGGGCAAUUACAAUAUUUGGAGAUGCAUACAGAUAUCUAGAAACAUGCACUUUUUUUAUUCUGCUGCAUUUUGUUCAGAUGCGGAUUCAGAUCAGUUCUUUUACACCAGUCAUGUUUUCUACUUGUUUAAAUCAGUUCUGUUAUCAAAAACUGAAUUAUAAGAAAUAAUUUUCCAUUGACAAGGGAAACACUUCAGUAAUGAAUGUUAAUAUACCUGUAAUAAAUAAAUGCUAUUUUCAAAAGCCA